UGCACUUGUUUCUGUGGGUUCAACUUCUUUACAGAACCAGGAGGCCAGGGUUUUUACCGGUGGGAGAGGUUUUAUUUGCCCAGAACCAUGGAUUACCAGCAGAAACUGGCUGAAAAACUUACUAUCCUCAAUGAGAGGGGCAGUGGGGUGUUGAUACGUAUGAACUACAUUAAGAAGCUAUGUGCAGAUCCCAAGCUGCGUCCAGGCUUCCUCUCAGAUAAAGUGAUGGAACCUGCUGUCAAGUACAUAAAUAAGAAAUUUCCUAAUAUUGACUACAGAGGAAACAUUCAAAACCUGACUUGCAUCCAGCGACAGAAAUCUGAGGUAUUAGCAGCCACAGCGAGCUUCUACGACUCCUUCCUGGAUGUCAUAGAGUUCAGGGAUCAUGUUUAUGAACUGCUGAACACCAUUGAUGCCUGCCAGUGCUACUUUGAUAUUGCUUCCAACUUCGAUUUCACCAAAAACUAUCUGGACCUGAUAAGCACCUAUGCAUCUGUUAUCAUCUUGCUCUCUCGCAUUGAUGACAAAAAGGUUUUGGUGGGAAUGUUCAACUGUGCUCAUGAGAUGACCAAUGGCAGCAGUGAUCCCUCAUACCCACGGCUUGGACAGAUGUUUGUGGAAUAUGACCAUCCAUGGAAGAAACUGACUGAAGAGUUUGGCCCUCACACAAGAUCUGUGACAGCAGCAUUGCUUUCACUAAAGAUGGUCUACCCUCGGAGGAACCUGCCUGCAGAGCAAUGGAGGAGCGCACAGCUCCUCAGCUUACUCAGCACUCCAGCUUCCAUGUUGGACCCGGCUUGCUGCGAAACUAUGGCAUGUGAAUACCUGUCUAUGGAAAUAAUGGAGCGCUGGAUCAUUAUUGGUUUCCUGUUGUGCCACAGCAGUCUGAACACAAACCAGGCCUCCCAGGAGCUUUGGAAGAUGGCUCUGCGGAGCGGCCUCUUCCUUAACCUCACCAGAGAAGAAGUCCUCAACAUACACAAAGUCUCUGAGGACCUCUUUGAUGGCAUGAAAGGAUACAGCAAGCGCAUUGCCGACAUCAAGGAAUGUCGUGAGCACGUUCUGGUCAACUGUGGAGCAAUGCACAGAGAGCGGAGGCAUUAUCUGAGAGUAGCACUGAAAGAAUUGUUCAAAGUUCUGGAAGAUGAACCUGGACUUCUUGGACCAAAGGCCCUAUUUGUCAUGAUGGCUUUGUCAUUUUCCCGUGACGAGGUCAUGUGGCUCGUCAGACACUCGGAGAACAUGCCAAAGAUGAAGACGCUAGAUGACUACAAUGACAAUCAGAUGGCUGAGCUUCUGUUUUUUAUGGAGAAGUUAAGAGGACUGAUGAAAAAGUACAACCAUGUAGUCCAGCGCUACCAUGUUCAAUAUCUUGCACAGUUUGAUGCCUUGCUUCUCAAUGAUACCAUACAGAACAUGUACGUUUGUCCAGAGGAGGAGUCGGUUCUGUUGAGCUCGUUUGUGUCAACCCUUUCUGCUCUUUCUAUUAAACAAGUGGACAGCAAAGAGGAGUUUGAUUUCAGAGGACUGCGAAUGGACUGGCUAAGACUACAGGCUUAUACGAGUGUAACUAAGGCACCUCUUCCACUGAAAGACUAUUCUGACUUAGCUAAAGUGAUGAACAUGAUCCAGUUCCACACCAGGAUGGUGGACAGUGUGGAAGAAAUGCUCCAUGAAACCUCAGAGCUCUCCAUAUUGUGCUCCUAUCCUCGUGUCUUUGAGAAGAUGUUCACCCAGAGCAGUGAGGAGAUGACCAUGAAGCGGUACCUCAUGUCCUUCCCUUCUGUCUGUUCUCACUUCAGUCAGUGUGGACACCCACUCUGCCCAGAAGAGACAGAGAUACUGGAGAAGAGAAGUCUGCGCCUGUGUGUGACCUUCUUGGAGCAAAUAGCAAAGCAGACAAGCGGUGUUGUGUUGGAGAUAUGUGCUGAGCAGCGCAAUCUUAAUGACCAGUUGCUGCCUAAGCACUGUGCAGAGUCCAUCAGUGCUGCUCGCUACAGAAAGCAGAAGAAACCUUUGCCAAAGAAAGGAGAGGUUCAAAAAGAGAAACCAGGUGCUGAGAGCCUGAGAAAAGACCGGUCGGUGACCACCAACAUGGACAAGUUGCACAUGAUGCUGACAGAGCUGUGCUCCUCCUACAGUCUCAGCGCAGACAUUAUUGUCUUUGAACAUGUUGUCGUGCCAGCAGAGUUCCUCCUUUCCCAGCUGGAGAUGCGUCUAACAGAAAUCAUCAUCAAGAUGACCAAUUACAACCAGACCACCCAGGAAAUAGCACGUCCCUCUGACCUGCUGGCAGGGAUAAGAUCCUACACAGCCAGCAUGCACUGCCUCGCAGGCUACAUCAACCUGGACGUCACCCGGCUGGUGAAGAGUGUGCUGCUGCAGCAGACACAGCCGCUGGACUCCCACGGAGGACCCACGGUUACACACUACUACACAACAUGGUAUCUGGAGGCUCUUUUACGUCAAGCGAGCAGUUCCUUGAUCGUCCACUGUCCUACGAUGCAGUGCUUCGUCAGCCAGAGUGCCGACAACGAACUGAGCUUCAGAGCAGAGGAGUUCUCAGAUGUAUCAGAGUUACAGGCUCUGGCAGAACUUAUUGGUCCAUACGGCAUGAAGUUUCUAGGGGAGAACCUGAUGUGGCACAUUACUUCUCAAGUCAGCGAGCUGAAGAAAAUGGUGAUUGAGAACAUGGACAUCCUGGUACAGAUGAAAAACAACUUUGACAAACCCGAGGAAAUGAUCAAUCUAAAAAAGAAGCUGACAGGAGGAGAAAAUGUCCUGAAAAGGAUGACCAUCAUCGGAGUGAUCCUCUCAUUCAGAUCCAUGGCAAUGAACUGCCUGAAAGAUAUCCUGCGGAAACAUUGUCCAUACCUGAUGGCACCCAUUGAAUGUCUAAGGAACUUCAUCUACCCUGAAACAGACAUCAAGGUGACUCUGGGUGUUUUUGAGCUGGCUUCUGCUGCAGGACUGAAAUGUGAUAUUGACCCUGCCCUUGUUGCAGCUAUUAGCAAUAUGCAAACAGAUAACACAUCAGUUGAAGAAGAGUUCAAGCUGUCUCGUUUGUUACUGGUCUACGUCGCUGUGUCGCUGCCUAUCCUUGCUCUGGACCCCAACUCCUUGUAUAGUCAAGAACACGGAGGUCACAAGAACAACAUCCACUGUUUAGCUGCAGCAAUCAAUCAACUGACUGCUGCCAUGUUCACCGUCCAGAACAAGAACAUUGAGCAGCAACUCAAAGAGUUUCUGCUGCUAGCCUCCUCCACUCUGCUUCAGCUGGGACAAAACGUGGAACGAGUGGAAGUCAAAAACCGAGAGUCCAUCUACUUGCUCCUGCACAUGAUUGUGGAAGACUCUCCGUUUCUGAGCCAAGACAUGCUGGAAAGCUGCUUUCCGUACGUUCUUCUCCGAAAUGCCUAUAGGGAGGUGCACAAGGCUGUCUUCAUGCCUACGGCCUGAAGACCUUUUGUUCAGAUCCUUUGCUUACCUAAAAUAAUAUUUUCAUACAGGUGUGUGUUGCUUGCAUUUCCUUUCUGCUUUGGAUUCACCCAUGUCUCUAUGUUGGCUAAUCAUAACUUUGACUUUUGAUAUGUUGAUUGCUGAGAAAAUGUAUUUUAUUUACUUACAGUAAAACAUGAAUCCAUUUUAAUUUUAGUUUUAGACAGACAUAUGCAAUGUAACUUUCAUUGGGAUUGAAUAGGUAUACAGCUUUCCUGUUUCUAAUAUCAUCUUAAAUUAUUUAAAGCAAUAAGACAGGUAUGUUCUGUGCAAAAUAUAUCAUUUUUAAUAUUUGAUCUCCAAAAUCAUUCACAGUGUUUUUUUAAAUCAUGAAUAAAGUGAAACAGUGG